AUGCCUACACUGUCCUCCUUGUCGUCCUCAGGCUCGAGGGACUAUUUUCCAUCACAAGCAGCUCGUCCCUCGGCCUCUGUGUCAGCCUCAGGCUCGAGCUCGGGAGCUCGAGAAGGAAAGUUAUUGGGAAAAGGCCUCUGGUCCGCUCCUUCCUGGUCGAGCUCCUCCGUCCCCUCCGGCUCAGGCGGUCAUGAGGUCAGCCUCGACGAAGAGCCACGAGGCUCACGGUCUCCUUCUGGGUCAUCUCCCUCAUCUAGUCCGAAGUACUCGCUUCCUCCACCACGAGCAGACCAGCGGGUCGGUCUAGGCAUAGUGUCCGUUCCUGCCCCCUCAUCAGCCAACGACCUCACUCCAACCAAACACCGUCCUGGACCGCUCGCACCCACCCCUACCCGCCGUGUCUCUUCCUCCACUUCCAUCCACUCCCUCAACCGCUCUCGCUCGCUCGGAAAUCGGCUCUCAGUCCCCUCAGAGAGCUCUCCUACGCGGAAUGGGAAUCGCACGCCCUCGAUGCGGCUCGGCUGGUCUCGGCGACCCGGAGAGCCAAGGCCACCGCCUAUGGUGGAAGAGGGUGUCAGACAGAAGAUGGAAAGAUGGGUCAAGGAGAUCGUGGUGUGCAAUUUUGACCUGGAAAGGGGGCCAGUGGUGGAAAGACGGGCGGUGGGCAGACGGUGGGGUCCGGGAGAGAAGGAGAAUGUUGCAUUCUCCUCCUUCCCAGAUACAUCCCUCUUCGCAGAAGGCUCGAUCCUCUUCUCCUUCAAAAUCCGACAUACACCUCCUGAUCCCAUCUCCCUCUCUUACCCCGAGCCACCGUCUCCCAUGCCAGACCGCCAUGGGGACUCGGCGAGCUUUAGCAGCUUGACGAGUAGCAGCACCCUGAGCGCAAGCCAGAGUACGCCUGCACUCAUGUCGGAUGGCGAGCGGUCGCUGGAGUAUCGGAAGUGGGAUGAGAGGGGUCGCGAGUGGUUAUAUGGCUUUGUGUGGUUCGAGCAGCGCAAAGACAGGGGAAUCGCGAGGGGUUACAUGCAGAAAUCAUUGGUCAUUCUCACUCACCUCCCGUUCCCCUCCCUCUUCUUUGCGACACUCAACCACCUCGCCCCCGUCUUCUUUGAACACGGCUACUCUGCCCUCGAAGCGGGCUGUCACUCUAUCGCCAACUGGCCAGAUCCACAGAUGGGCAUGACGCUCGAACUUCCCAUCCUCUCGGACCUUAUCACCGUCAAGCUACCUGACGAAGAAAUGCCACAACUAGGACCCAUUCAGAGCUCUCCGAUACUGGCGUCACUGCCGCCAUCUACACCUCUGCGGGCUUUCGCGAACUGUCUUCCCGCGUUAUGGAGCUUGUGGGAGUGUCUAGUGCUCGCGGAGCCUGUACUUGUCAUCGCGCCAGAUCCAAAGACGUGUUCCGAAAUAGUCUGGUGGCUGCGAGACCUUCUUCGACCGAUACCUCCAGCAGGCGACUUCAGGCCGUAUCUUCACAUUCACGACCAUGACUUCUCGCUCCUCGUCAACUCGAAUAAGCCCCAACCUGGUACCGUCGUCGGUGUAACCAAUCCCUUCUUCCGAAAUGCGGCGGCGCACUGGCCAAACGUCAUCUCGAUCAGCGACAAGCAGGCGAAGCGCGCUCCUAAUGGCCUGUCCAGCCCAAAACUGGAUGCGCCCGAGGGCUUUGUUAGCCGGCGGCAACGAGGGGUGUUGAAGGACCGGGCGUUGUUGAAGCGGUUAGAGGCAUUGGUGGCUGAGGGGAAGCUGGAUGAUCCCGGAGGCAACGCCGCUCUCCGACUACACUUUCAGCAACUUACCGAACGCUUCCUCGUCCCGCUAAACCGGUACUUCCAGACGCUCGUUCCUACUUCCUCCCCCUCUCCCACCCCGUAUGCGGGAACUCAGGCCCAAAUCAAACCCUGGUCCAUCCCCAACUUUCUCUCUCACCUGAAGAAUCACGGUCCCAACCCGCUCCUCUUCCGUACCAAAGGUCUCUCUACCAAAUCGAGGGUGGAGAACGAUUUCUACGCGGCGUUUUGCAUGUCUGCAACGUUCGCAGGGUGGCUGAGCGGCAGGAUCGAGAGUCAGGGUCUUGGUACGGGUAUGGGAAGACGAGCAGGUGCGGACGGGAUGAAGCUGCAAAUACCUCAGAGCAGGCUAGGGAGGGGCGUAUCGCCGCCGGGGUCGGUAGAGGGCGAAAGGACCAAGGAGAAGGAAGAGGAGGAGCUCCGACAGAGCAGCGAGGAAGGGUCGUUUGCUUCGCAUUCGCAUGGCGCAGGGUAUUGGCGCGCGAGCGAGGAGAGUCCGAGAGGCGGCAGGCUGGAUGCGUAUGGAAGACGCGCGAGCGAUGGGGCGGUGAAGGCUUUGGCGGGGUGA